UUCAGUCGUGCGCCAGCCACCGAGUAGAAACGGUUGUAGCCGGUUGUUUCCUGGCGUGAAAUUGUCCGUGCACUCGCAGUGUCAUCUUCCCAUCCGUGCCGCGCAACUUAAACUGAGAAAUUUUUACCGUGAUAGAUUUUUCCGAUUCCCAAGCGAUACAUAUCGGCACUCGGACGUUUGAAAUUUAUCUCAAGUGAGCUCUUAGCUUUCAGGGUAGAAAUAGCACGGAUUAUAUAUUUCGCGUGAAUUCGAUUUCAAGUUUACCGCUGAGGUUGCCGUUCGGUCGCCGUGUUCGUAAACUGAUUGAUUUGAUUGUGCUGCAGGCAACGCGGGUGAAAAAUGGAUUACCUUAGAAUCGUUCGGAGACGUCGAGUAACUCAAAGUUUUGUGAUAUUUCAACGGUGCGGAUGAGAUAGUACAGAUAAUUUUUUAAACAAAACACGUUGAACAAGGAUCAACGUCUGUAAAACUCCGUUUUAAUAAAUAUAAUUAAAUAAUUGAGCGUAAUAAAUUUCGUGCAGUUUGUGAAGAACGUGUAAACCAUGGCCGUAAAUCACUUUGCACCACUCGCCGUGUAAAAUGUUAUUGAAUUUGCAACGAUAAGUGCCAAAACGUGCAGCAAGGAAUCCCUACGGUUCGGAGUGAUAAUCAUAUCGAACGCUUGAACGAAAAAAGAGGGGGUGAAAAAAGCAUAGGAGAUUCCUAGAACUAAAAGUUGUCGUUACAAGUAGAAAAGACACAUCGGCGCGAUGUGCUUGAGACACUUGAAACCCGCAGCAUCGAUGGGUGGCGACAAGUGUGCGUCGACAAGUUGACUAAUUAGAGGACCGUGUGCUGACAAUGAGACCUGCAGCGAGUGCCCAUAAGUUGUAAACAUGGUAGCAGCCGUUGGUGCACCGAAAGUCUUUGUAAUGUUUCUGCUCUCGUUGGCACGAUUGUUAAUUCCGGCGUGCCACGUGCUGGCCGUUACCAGCGCGCCUCCGCAGCGCUAUGACGUCCCCGAUCAUUGUCAAUGGGACACACAUCAGGGAAGUUCAUUGACUUGCAGGUACAGCGUGUUGGCCAAGGAGGCCCAGAGGUCCAACUUCUCGAUGAUACCGGCCGAGCAGACAACGGGUUUGAGGAUUUUCUGCGACCUCGACGAGAAGAUGCGCAGCGAAGUGGACGAGGAAAGUUUCGCGAAUUUGUACCGGCUUCGGACCUUGCAGCUCGAUGGAUGCAAGUUUGAUCUCUGGCCGGCGAAAGCUUUGAGCGGCCUGAGGGACCUGAGAAAUUUCACGGUGAGGACCUUCGGCGAAGAAGGUGCGAGGAUCGGGCUCGAGAUCGCCCCGAACGCGUUUCAGGCGACGCCACACAUCGAGAAGAUCGAUCUGUCCUCGAAUAACAUAUGGCUAUUUCCUGAACACAUCUUUUGCCCGCUGUCCAGUUUGGUCGCGUUGAAUAUUUCCUGGAAUAUGCUGAAGGACGUUAGCGAGUUGGGAUUCAGCGACAAUAUCGACCCCGUGUCAACCCGGGUUCAGGAAUCACCCCUCGCACCGUUUCCUUGCUCCCUGGACAUUCAGACCUUGGACAUAUCCCAGAAUCAGUUUUCCAUCUUACCGGCCUUCGGGUUUUCCUCCCUUAAGCGGCUCAAGGUACUUCUGUUGUCGGGAAACGCGAUUUCCAUUGCCGCCGACGAGGCGCUUCACGGGUUAAGAUCACUCGAGAUCUUCGAUCUCUCGGACAACAAAAUCGUCGCCCUGCCAGCCGGGUUGUUUCGAGAAGCAACCAAGUCCAUAAAGGAGUUGCACCUGCAGAACAAUUCCAUCAGCGUUCUUUCACCGGGGCUUUUAUCAGAUCUUCAGCAGCUCGUGUCGCUCGACUUGUCCAGGAACCAGUUGACCAGCUCUUGGCUGACCUCGGGCACGUUUUCUGGUCUGAUUCGACUGGUCCUUCUGGAUCUAUCGCACAACAAGAUCGAGAAGCUCGACCCGGCGUUGUUCAAAGACCUCUACACUCUCCAGAUCCUCAACCUACAGUACAACGAACUGGAAACAAUUCCAGCGGACACAUUUUCCCCGAUGAGCAACUUGCACACCUUGGCUAUCGCGCACAACCAUCUAACAUAUCUGGACGCCUAUUCUCUGAACGGACUGUUUGCCCUUUCCCUUCUCGCGCUCGAUUCGAACUUACUGGAAGGGAUUCACCCCGACGCGUUUAGGAACUGCUCGAGUAUGCAGGAUCUCAACCUUUCCGGGAACAAUUUGGAGAGUAUUCCGGUCGCCCUAAAGGAUAUGCGGAUGUUGAGAACCCUCGACCUGGGAGAGAAUCAGAUUCGAAGCCUCGAGGAACCUGGGUUCAGAGGUAUGACCCGACUAUACGGUCUGAGAUUGAUUGGUAACGAAAUAGUAAACGUAACGAAAGCGGCACUCACCGAGGUACCCGGAUUGCAAAUCCUGAACCUCGCAAGGAACAGGAUCGAGAACGUCGAGAGCGGUGCGUUUUCCGGAAGUCCUGCGUUGCAGGCUAUCCGUCUCGACGCUAAUCUUUUGCAGGACAUGUCCGGCAUGUUCGUAAACGCCCCGGGUCUGCUCUGGUUGAACGUGUCCGACAAUGUAAUCGAGCACUUCGACUACAAUUUCCUUCCGGAGUCUCUGCAGUGGUUGGAUUUGCACAAAAAUGCGAUAAUGGACCUGGGGGUGGCACCCACCGGUCUACGGCUCCAGACGCUCGACGUUUCGUUCAACAGAUUGACCAGAGUGCAUUCGAAGUCGAUUCCCGACUCGGUUGAGCUUCUCUUCAUCAACGACAAUCUCAUUCACACAGUAGAACCGCAAACAUUCCUCGACAAGGAUAAUCUGACGAGGGUCGAUCUCUACGCUAAUCAAAUAAUCGGCAUGGAAUUGUCCGCCCUCCAGUUGUCCCAGGUACCCGAGACCAGACCCUUACCCGAAUUUUACAUAGGCGGAAAUCCCUUCACCUGCGACUGUACCAUGGAGUGGCUACAGAGGAUAAACUCCCUAACCCUGCGUCAGCAUCCGAAGGUAAUGGACCUCGCCUCGGUUUACUGCAGGCUUCCCUACGACAGGCACAAAUCCUUUGCCCCCCUUCUCGAGGCAAAAUCGUCCCAGUUCUUGUGCACCUACAAAGCUCACUGCUUCGCGCUUUGUCACUGCUGUGACUUUGACGCCUGCGACUGCGAGAUGACCUGUCCUACUAAUUGCACCUGCUACCACGAUCAGUCGUGGUCGGCGAACGUGGUCGACUGUUCAACUUCGGCGUACAAGAACUUGCCGGGUAGACUCCCGAUGGAUGCUACUGAGGUUUACCUAGACGGAAACGACUUCGGGGAGUUGAACUCGCACGCUUUUAUUGGCAGAAAGAAUCUCGAAGUUUUAUACGCGAACGACAGCAACAUAGUAGCCAUCCACAACAACACGUUCAGUGGUCUCAGACGACUCGCGAUCCUUCACUUGGAGAAUAACAAAAUCCGGAUACUUAAGGGACUGGAAUUCAUAGCACUUGCAAGUUUGAAGGAGCUCUACUUGCACAAUAACCUGAUAGUUUACAUCGAUAACGGAACUUUCCUGUCACUGCGUCAUCUCGAGGUUCUCAGACUGGACAACAACCGGCUGACGACCUUCGCCGUAUGGCAACUGGUGCAGAAUCCAUACCUUGUCGACAUCAGCCUGUCCACCAACCCCUGGAGCUGUGAGUGCAGCUACCUCGACCGCGUCCGCUCCUGGAUAUCGGAGAACAAAGAGAAGAUAACGGACUGGAGGCGCGUCUCUUGCGCUCUGGGAUCGCCUAUCGCCGGUCCCGGAAAUGAAUCGGCCAUAAACUGUGCAGCUCUGACGGGGGCGACCCCCGCGGUGGAAACGCGUCCCCUAGAGGGUUACCUCCCCCUGCUACUAGCCACGGCGGUUCUAUUUUUCGCCAUGGUCGCCCUCUUCUGCGGUGCCUUCAGACACAGACGCACACUUCGCGCUUGGGCAGCCAGCAGAUGCGGGCUGCGCGCCUGCUACAAAACUGCCGCCUUCGAGGACAGGGAAAAGCCAUUCGAUGCCUACAUCUCCUACUCAGCGGUCGACGAGGCCUUCGUUUCACGCGUCCUAGUUCCGGGCCUCGAGACUUCGUACAGACUCUGUCUCCACUACCGCGACCUGGGCGCAGGAGCGAACGUGGCCGACGCCGUCGCCGAGGCUGCGGAUUCGUCCCGUCGUACGAUUCUCGUGCUCUCGCGAAAUUUCCUCCACGGAGAGUGGGCGAGGUUCGAGUUCAAGACGGCCUUGAGAGAGGCACUCAGAGGCAAAGGUCGCUCGGUCAUUCUGCUUCUCGUCGGUGGCGUCAGCCCCAAGGAUCUCGACGCUGAUUUGAGGAGGAGGAUCUCCUCUCACACCGUCAUCGUCUGGGGCGACAAAUUAUUUUGGCAAAAGCUCAGGUUCGCCAUGCCGGACGCGCCGCCGAUCCCCGUUUUGGAAAGGCCGCUUCCACUGCCUCCUCCGCCCCCGCCGCCCCAACACCACUGGGCAUAGAAGAAAGUGAUCCGUUAGACGUGGCCUAACAUCGCAAUCGUGAUCAGCUGGGACGCAUGGGUCACUUGGAAACCACCAAAGAAUGAAUUCGACUGUGGAGAGACUGUUCUACAGAAUAAAAAUUAUGAAAAAAUCUCUUAAAUGUCGUUAUUAUCUUUACACGGAUCGUGUUGGUAAAAUUAUUUCUAUCGAAUUAGCUUUGAAGUACUAAGGA